UAUUAGCAGCAGUCCACAAAAGCAUACAUGUGGAAGAUAGCAGCACCAGGCUGACAGUCAGACAGAUUACCUGUUGAGAUUAAUUUUGAAUGAUUGUAUGAGGAGCUUGGGGGUUCCUCAAAAUCUACCAAACAGUCAGAAAGGUUUUAUUUUAAUGGAAUUUAGGUACUAAAGUGACUUGCAUUGAGGCUAUAGGGUCCUUUCUGAAGUUAGGUUCUUCAGGAUCUUCUCCAAGAAACAAGAUAAGGCACCAGGAUGGACAGGUAGCAGCCAAGAGGGUGUCAAACACUGUCAGCUCGAGCAACAGAGGGUGACAGCUUCUCAAUGCUGAUAUAUGGGGCUACUUUCUCCAGCCCUAAUGGCUCUACAGAUGUCUUGAAAAGAGAAGAGAAGCGAUGGAGAACAAGAAAAAGACCCAGAGCUUGUCCGGCUUAUUCUCCUGGAUCUUCUGGAUGUGUGGAGUCUGCAAGAUCCUGGGCUCAGCCUCAUCUCCAGCUCCCUCUGUUACACAGUGUGAACUGCUGGAGCAUGCAAACAUCACCUGCUACUGGACAGCGGCCGGUUCGGACAGCACCAUCUACAUUCUGUCAGUCAACAUGACAAGCUGUUUGAAUUCUACAAACUACAAGCCCAUUGGUUUCUGCACUACAGCACACACUCAGUGUUCAGUGAGCAUUGGCUCAGUGUCUCACUGCUUCUGCGUGGAUGUUCUAGCAUCUUCUCCUUCUGGAACCAUCAGAUCAGCUCGCCAUUGUCUAGUCGGCGUCAAUGAAGUUAAGAUGUACCCACCACAGAUCACAAAGCUCAUCCCAAUACCAAGAAAAGCAAACUGUCUGAGGCUGGAGUGGACUGAAGACACGUCUAUCUAUUUGCAAACUAAAAAGGAACAUGGUGUCCUACAGAUAGAGUACAGCACCUCUCAUCAGGACCAGGCCAGCAGAGUCAGCACUGCCUUUCAUGACUGGAAAAUGGAGCUGUGUGGGUUAUAUCCCGGCACCAAGCACUACGUGAGGGUCCGAGCGCAGGACAGCAGAGCCCCCAAGCACUGGAGCUCCUGGAGCGGCGUCAGAGAGGCCACCACAGCGGAGGCUGCCCCAUCAGCCACCCCAGAGCUAUGGCGGCACAUCCAGCCAUCAGACAAAACAGGACAGAGGCACAUCACCGUAUUCUGGAAGCCUCUCCAGUGGCCUGACAGUAACGGUGUAGUUCUGCGCUAUGCUGUUUCCUGCUGGAGUGACAGUGACUGGUCACACUGGGACUGUGGUUACCUGAACUCAAACAGGACGUCCUGUGUUCUUGCUGUCUCCUCACACGUGUGUACCUGCAACCUGACUGCGUCCAACUCUGCUGGAACAUCACCACCAGCUCAUCUACACAUACCUGCAGACACGGACACCAGCGACCUACAAGUGCCCCCACCUCCUUUAAACCUCACUGUCACAUCACUGGCUGACUACCAGCUGAAGGUAGAAUGGACUGCUGCAGUGCACCAAUCAGAGGCCAGCUUUGUAGUAGAGUGGUAUCCUAUACCGGACAACACGGCCAAAGGUCUACAUUGGGAAAUACUGAAUGGGUCUGCAAGAAGCUUUAUUAUCACAGAUGGUGUGCUUCCUGAGGUCCCCUAUAACGUGUCCGUUAAGAUUCUGUACAAAAAGACGGUUGAAGCUGUGAGAUUUUCCAUAGCCUUCACCAGACAAGGAGUGCCCUCUGUUGGUCCGACUGUGGAAGUUGUUCAGGUAGAAAGCGACCGCAUCAGUCUGAGGUGGAAAGCUGUUCCUCUGGAGAAGCUGUGUGGAUUCAUCCAAAACUACACACUUAUAUAUAAAACCAACGGCAAAGUGAAAUAUCAGGUGCUGGGGGGUGAUGUGGAGGAGUUUUCUCUGAGUGGGCUCUCGGCUGGAGAGUACACCAUCUGUGUGAAGGCCCACACGCUGGCAGGGGGCGCUGAAGGCCCGUGGGUGACUGUAGCUGUAGGACAUGAUUACGUACAGCUGAUGGCCAUUCUGCUGUGUGCUGUUGGCACUCUGUUGAUUUUGGUAAUCUUGCUAAGCCAGGUUGAAAGGAUUCAACAGCAGCUCUGCCCAGCCAUUCCUGACCCCUCAAAGAGCAGCCUGUCCACCUGGCCACCUGUCUCUCCAACUCAGAACAAGCUAACGGUCUUGGACUUCCGACCGUCCCCCUCUCUUUUUGAACUCAUCUAUUUGGGAGGAAUAGCGGGCCAUCAUGAUCAUCAUCAACACCACCAUGACCUCAGCCAAGUCUGGUCUUUUAACCCCCAGUCAGUACCAACCAAGCCAGGAAGCCAUGAAAGUAAAUCCCUUAUGAUCUUUCAAAGGCCAGUUUUACCCAACACGGACAAACGAGAAACUGAACAAACACUCAACAGUCCACCACCUGCUGACGGCUUCACUGAAGAUCUAAUUAUUGAUCCCGGGAUUAGGAGCAAAUCUGUGGCAAAACCACAGCCUCCAAGUCUGUUGCUCUCUGAGUCCUAUAUUGGAGUAGACCUUGUGGACUUUCUUCCUUGUUGGAACACUGUGCCAGCAUUAGACCCCUGUUCUCAAAUCCAAGUAUCAUCCAGAAGUCCACCAAACCCACCGGUUCCACCAGAGUCUUCAGUUGGAGUGGAUGCCAUAGACCUUGUCUAUCAACAGAACGUUAAAUCAAGACAAGAUCUGUCAGAGUUCUCUUGCAAUUCCAUUGCAUCUAGUGCUAGUUGUUACCUUCCUGUCUCUGAGUCCUACGUUAACAUCGAAGCGGAGGCCAAAGAUCCCAUCGAUCUUCUCAGAAGAAGCAAGAAUUCAUUGUCAGAACAUGAGUCCUGUUGCUACACCCACCUAUCUACUACCUACCUACCCAUCCCUGAACCUUCUCGGGCCUUCUGUAAAGACCUUGUGACUGAGACAGUGAACUCAAGUGAGGGUCCUGGUCAAACCAGCCUCAAGUCCAAUUGUUCCAAUCUGGUAAAUUCAGUUUCUUCUACUUAUAUACCGUUCCCUGUGUUAGCUUCUGCUGAUAAGAGGUCCACAGAGACAGUGGGGUUAACUAGAACCCAACAAGCUUGCCAGUCUCCACCUAUCUGUACGGAUUCUAUGGUGGUGGAUACCUAUAGGAUCUUGGGUCCGGAGGAGUGCCCACUUCUAUUGCAGUUCUCGUUACAGAAUCACAGCACCAAGGACUCCACAGACCUUCUUGGGUAUAGCUGAUCUGACAGCAGAACAGAAUGAGUAGAUGGGACAUUCAAGAGAAGGGCACCAGAAUAACCCGGUGUUCUUUGAUGAUAGGGUUGUGGAUUUGAUAACCAGGUGCCCAGGGAGCAGUGGGGAUUAGACGUUCCCAAGAGUCCAACAGUGGCAGCUUGCUGAACCCAGAUUUUAAACGCACAACUCUGAAGUAGGGGUUAAAGGCCUUUCUCAGAGAACCAACAGGGUCAGCUUGCCACUCAAGUGAGGGUCCUGGUCAAACCAGCCUCAAGUCCAAUUGUUCCAAUCUGGUAAAUUCAGUUUCUUCUACUUAUAUACCGUUCCCUGUGUUAGCUUCUGCUGAUAAGAGGUCCACAGAGACAGUGGGGUUAACUAGAACCCAACAAGCUUGCCAGUCUCCACCUAUCUGUACGGAUUCUAUGGUGGUGGAUACCUAUAGGAUCUUGGGUCCGGAGGAGUGCCCACUUCUAUUGCAGUUCUCGUUACAGAAUCACAGCACCAAGGACUCCACAGACCUUCUUGGGUAUAGCUGAUCUGACAGCAGAACAGAAUCAGUAGAUGGGACAUUCAAGAGAAGGGCACCAGAAUAACCCGGUGUUCUUUGAUGAUAGGGUUGUGGAUUUGAUAACCAGGUGCCCAGGGAGCAGUGGGGAUUAGACGUUCCCAAGAGUCCAACAGUGGCAGCUUGCUGAACCCAGAUUUUAAACGCACAACUCUGAAGUAGGGGUUAAAGGCCUUUCUCAGAGAACCAACAGGGUCAGCUUGCCACUCAAGUGAGGGUCCUGGUCAAACCAGCCUCAAGUCCAAUUGUUCCAAUCUGGUAAAUUCAGUUUCUUCUACUUAUAUACCGUUCCCUGUGUUAGCUUCUGCUGAUAAGAGGUCCACAGAGACAGUGGGGUUAACUAGAACCCAACAAGCUUGCCAGUCUCCACCUAUCUGUACGGAUUCUAUGGUGGUGGAUACCUAUAGGAUCUUGGGUCCGGAGGAGUGCCCACUUCUAUUGCAGUUCUCGUUACAGAAUCACAGCACCAAGGACUCCACAGACCUUCUUGGGUAUAGCUGAUCUGACAGCAGAACAGAAUCAGUAGAUGGGACAUUCAAGAGAAUGGCACCAGAAUAACCCGGUGUUCUUUGAUGAUAGGGUUGUGGAUUUGAUAACCAGGUGCCCAGGGAGCAGUGGGGAUUAGACGUUCCCAAGAGUCCAACAGUGGCAGCUUGCUGAACCCAGAUUUUAAACGCACAACUCUGAAGUAGGGGUUAAAGGCCUUUCUCAGAGAACCAACAGGGUCAGCUUGCCAAACUCGGGUAUCAAACCCACUCACCUAGUCAUCAACAGCCCAGUAGUUACAGCAUUGAUAACAGAGUUGUGAAUACAAUAUCCCCAUGCCCAGGAAGCAGUGAGGGUUGUGGAUUCACUCCCCCAGUGCUUGGGGAGCAGUGGCGAUUUAGACCCUUAGUUCUUGGGCUCAAUAGUGUCAGCUUGCCAAACUCUGGUAUUGAACCCACAACCCUGCAAUCAGUAACCUGUUAGUGAUUGAUUACAGAGUUUUGCAUUUGAUACCUUGGUGCCCAAUGACAGUGGCAGCUUUUGGACAUGGGUAUCGAACCCAUGUCCAAUCCUGUCGACAAUGACCCAAUGAUUAUUGAUAGCAGGAUUUGAUACCCUUGGAAAGCAGUGAACCCACAACCCUGUCAUCCAUUACCAUCAGGUUAUUAAUGACAUGGUUGUGUGUUCAACACUCUUGGGCCAUUAAGCCACCACAAAAAAAUCAGGUUUUCCGAUAAACACGGUGAGUUGUUGGCCCAGUUGGGUUCCUGGGGUACUCAGAGAACACUUGAGGUUUGUUUACCAUCAAUCAGCUAAUUGAUGAACUGUUGCUGAGCACAUCACAGACUAUUGAUGAGGUGCUAACUGUGGCACCAGCUGCUUGUGAGGGCAACCAAUGGGGGUUACUUCCAAUGCCUAAUCACAUUCCAAGUUAAGUGUUGUUAUGACUCUGAUAUAGUAUAGGAAUGUCAUUCAUCUCAGUCAUCUCAACACGUGAUAUGGUCAAAGAAUGAUUGUAACUGUAAUCGGUUUUGUUCAUUUGAUUAUUUGUUUAUUUGUUUGUGUGGCUGUAAUAAUAAUUGUGAAACUGGCUGUGUCAUAUCUGAACUUUUGUUGUGCUACAUUAAGCCUUGAGGACUGAUUCUGUACCAGUUGUUUACUAUGUGAAGUAGGGUGGGUGUUGUUUUUGUACUGUAUGAAUGUUAUACAUGAAAAGGAGCAUGUUGCUGUACUUUUUAUGCUAUGCUAUGAAACCGAGUAAGCAUUAUAAUUAUGAAGAAACACCAGCUCUUGUAGUUAAGCAGCUGAACAUCACACUGGAACAUUGUUUUUACUCUUCUGCACCAACUUUGCUCUACAACCUUGGAUUUUUCAAAAUAGCAGGUGUGAACCAUGCCGUAAUCUAUGGCCUGGAACAAAGGAUAAAAAAUUGGUCCAAACUAAAUAAGUGGUUUUAGUCUGGAUCAACUGUGUAAAACCACUUUUUGGAUGGUUCAGACUUUUAAACCAGUUACAGUAAGUUACAAGUAAACACUCUCCAAUACGUUCUGUGGGUUAGAUAUAUUGUAUAUAUAUAUAUAUUGUAUAUAUAUAUAUUUCUCUGAAAGAUGUUCACACAAACAUUCACUUUACUCCACUCUCUAAAUCAAAAUGAUUUAUAUUAAAUAAAUAUGAAUUAUGCCAAACAUGUCUUGACUGAUUAAGUACAUUUUGAAACCGUAAAUUUUACUUUGCACCAAACUAUUCUCUUAAUGGAAUGAAAUGAGCCAAGAAAUGCAGAUUUGCAGAUAUGAGACUUAUGUUGAGAAUCCAGCUGACGAAGCUUAAUGAAGAAGAGGAAGAGCGUAUGUGUUUGGACAGAUGGGCAGAUUCCUCCAUCCGCUUCCACAGUGCUGAUCCAGGCGACUCCGUUCAUAAGAUAGGCCCCUCGCCAGUAGCGGAAUUACAGAUAAAGAUGUAUCUUUUCCUUUUUUUAUCCACCCGUCCUUUCCUUAGAAUUGUGAGCAGUUGUUUAUUCACUCUUCCCCUAAUUCCAUUACUUCUUCCCCCAAUAUGUACACUUAUUGCACCAAAUUUCACAACUCUUUCUACCAAUUAUAAAACUAAUUUUUUUUUCAAAUUAUUAAACUAUUGCUCCAAAUUCUCUAAAUCUUCCCUCUAAUUCCACAAACUCCCUGCCUAGUCUUUCACAAAUGUUUUCCCAAAUUCCACAUCUCCUCCCCCACAUCCACAAUGCUUCCCCCAAAUUCCACAGCUCUUUCCACAAUUUCACAACUUUUUUUUCACAUUCAACAACCUUUCCCCCAAAUCAACAGUGACUCACCCAAUAUCCAAAACUAUUCUCCCAAUUUACACUACUUUACACCCAAAUUCACAAACGGUUCCCCCAAUUUCAACAACUUCUCCUUCAAAACUAUUCUCCCAAAUUACACUACUUCA